UUCAGGCUAGAUUGACCUGUGGAUAUCCCCGCUCCCUGCUUCUGGAACCCUCCUGGGUUAGUUCUCAUCCCAUCCUCACUCUGGACCCUGCAACGCCCCUUCGAUUACGUUCUGCCAUGAAGGCCUGGCCAUGGGAGUGCCCACGUGGAAGCCCUUCUCAGACCCGGGCCAGGAGUACAAACGGACACCCCCACGGAGGGAGAGGGCAAGGUCACAGCCACCCCUGACCCCUUGGCCCCAAGCUACAGGCCUCUCUCCAGCCUGUUCCUGGGUUUCCUCAGAAUCUUUGCUGCUGUGAGAAUUCCAGGCUUCUCGGCCUUAUGAAAACACCAAGUGAACAAGAGGUUCCAGAACGCGGGGGCCUGGGCCUGGGCUGGUGGGCACAGGGCCAGGGCACAGGCUGCAUUUUGGUUGAGGCUGGGUGUCUGCCGGCCGCAGCGGGGGCCCAGCAUGGGCCUGGAGCUCUACCUGGACCUGCUGUCUGCAUCGUGCCGCGCUGUCUACAUCUUCGCCAGGAAGAACAGCAUCCCUUUCGACUUCCAGUUUGUGGAUCUGCUGAAAGGUCACCACCACAGCAAGGAGUACAUCGAGAUCAACCCCCUGAGGAAGCUGCCCAGUCUCAAAGAUGGAAAAUUUGUCUUAUCUGAAAGUGUGGCCAUCCUUUUCUACCUGUGCCGCAAGUACAGCGCGCCCUCGCACUGGUACCCGCCAGACCUGCACACGCGCGCCCGCGUGGACGAGUUCAUGGCCUGGCAGCACACAGCCCUUCAGCUGCCCAUGAACAAGAUACUCUGGAUCAAGCUGCUGAUCCCGAUGAUCACGGGUGAGGAAGUUCCAGCUGAGAAGACAGAGCAGGUGCUGGCAGAGGUGACUAACAACCUGAAGCUCUUCGAGGAAAAGUUUCUGCAGGAGAAGAUGUUCAUCACCGGGGACAACAUCUCCCUGGCCGACUUGGUAGCCCUGGUGGAGAUGAUGCAGCCCAUGGCGGGCAACCAUAACGUCUUCCUCAACAGCUCCAAGCUGGCCGAGUGGCGCAUGAGGGUGGAGCUGGCCAUCGGCUCCGACCUCUUCUGGGAGGCCCACGACCGGCUGGUGAAGUUGGCGGAGUGGGACUGCUCCACGCUGGAUCCGAUGGUCAAGGAGAGGAUCUGCGAUUUGCUGCAGAAGUUCACGUAGUAGCAGCCCAGCCUGCGGGCCUGGCCAGCUCAGCCCCCGGCGCCUCCUACCUUAGGGGAGAUGCUGAAAAUCACUGUUUUUCAGUGAACUGGAACAACCGCCACGGUUGCUGAGCCUGGGACACACAUCUGAUGUGGUGGGUCUGGGGGGCGGUCACGAGUCCCCCCAGCUUCCAAAAAGAAUUUGAAAAUUAAAGGUUAAACAUGAUUAAACUGUCAAUAA